AUGUACCAUGCAACAACAGGUACAGCAGUUGUGAUAGUCAUGCUCGUGACCCCCCUUCUCAUGACAUUAAUAAUGUUACUCGUUUGGCAUUGUCAUUGGAUUCUUGUCCUGAUUUUCAUUGGCUUAUCGCUGGCGGUGGAGUGUACAUACAUUUCAGCAGUGCUUUUCAAGGUCGAUCAAGGUGGUUGGGUUCCCCUUGUGAUUGCUGCAGCCUUCCUUGUCAUCAUGUAUGUCUGGCACUAUGGUACAGUCAAGAGAUACGAAUUUGAGAUGCAUAGUAAGGUCUCCAUGGCUUGGAUUCUGGGGCUAGGUCCCAGCUUAGGGCUGGUCCGAGUGCCAGGGAUAGGACUCGUGUACACUGAGCUAGCAAGUGGGGUACCUCAUAUUUUUUCACACUUCAUCACGAACCUACCGGCUAUACGUUCAGUCGUAGUCUUUGUGUGUGUGAAGUACCUUCCAGUUUACAUGGUUUCCGAAGAAGAGAGGUUUCUUGUGGAACGAAUGGGCCCAAAGAACUUUCACAUGUUCCGUUGUGUUGCAAGGUAUGGUUACAAAGAUCUUCACAAGAAAAGAUGCCGGAAUUCACAAGAAAAUUGCCAUUGA